UUUGAUAAAUUGGAUUUCUUCUAUAAAAUACUCCGGAUGAUAUUCCAAGCAAUUAGUAUUUAGCCAACUAUCCGCAUAUAGAAUGCGGUGCAGACUGCUCUUUGUCUGCCUUCUGGUUUGCCUGCUCGUCCUGCUGGUUGAGAGCAAGGGCAGGAAUAGACGGAAUUCACGUGCAUUGGCAGUAAGGGAGCAGAAAAGUGGAAACCAUGCAACUGCUCGAGGAAACAGAGCACGAGUUCGAGGGAACAGACUGAGAGCCAAACCGGGUAGAUCGCUAGCCAAAAAUAAGUCCAAAUCCCGUCGACGUAAGCUCAAUGCGGCCAAGAAAAAACGAAACGCUAAACGUUCCAAGGCAGCUAAGGCUGCAUCCAAGACCAAGAAAUUGUCGUCGGCCAGAAGUGGAGCGAAAUUUAUUCGCGUUCCUCUGGACUUCAAGUCGAACUUUGUGCGUACCACAGACAACUUGCGGGGUGAACGAGCAUUCCUGUCUGGCAAAUAUGGCAUUAGUUUUGCCACAACCUCUGGAACAGCCACUUUGACGAAUGUCAAGAAUAUGGAAUAUACCUGCAAGAUGACAAUUGGAACACCAGCUCAAAAAUUCACAGUGCUGCCCGAUACGGGAAGCUCGAAUAUCUGGGUGCCAGGUCUCAAUUGCAAGAGUAAGGCCUGCAAGAAUCACAAACGCUUCAAGCCGGCCAAAUCGAGCACCUUUGUAAAGAAUGGUAAAGCCUUCUCCAUUACCUAUGGAUCGGGCAGUGUUUCAGGAAGAUUGGGCCAGGAUACGGUAAGAGUGGCCGGAUUAGCUGUGGCCAAUCAGACAUUUGCCAUGACAACCAAGGAGCCGGGCAGCACAUUUGUUAGCGCCGACUUUGAUGGCAUUCUCGGUUUGGGUUAUCAAGCCAUUUCCGAGAAUAAUGUCCGGACAAUAUGGCAGAACAUGUGCUCACAGGAUGUCAUCAGCAGCUGCGUCUUUUCCGUUUGCAUGAAAGGUGGUGGCAGCUCGACACGUGGAGGUGAAUUAAUCUUUGGCAGCACCGAUACCAGCACAUACACGGGCAGCAACAGCUACACGUACACCCCGGUCACAGUGCAGGGCUACUGGCAAUUCAAACUACAGAGUGUCUCUAUAGGUAGCGAUGAAACCGCUGGCGAGAGUCAGGCGAUUUGCGAUACGGGAACAUCGUUGAUAGCAGCUCCUAAGAAGGCUUUCGCUGCGAUUAAUAAGAAAAUUGGUUGCCACACCACAACUAGUGGCGAAUGCUGGAUGAAGUGUUCGAAGAAGAUACCCGAUAUCACUUUCAAAAUUGGCGGCACAAAGUUCACAAUGGCUGGCAAUAAACUCAAGUUGAAGGUGAAAACUACAAAGGGCAAUACGGUGUGCAUCUCGGCUAUUACCUAUAUGGAGACCAGUUUCUGGAUAUUGGGUGAUGCCUUUAUCAGACAUUUCUGUGUGGUUUUCGAUGCAUCAAAGAAUCGCAUAGGUUUCGCCACUACAACAUCCUGA